AUGGAUGAUAAGGAGAACCAGUCCAUCCUGAUUACCGGAGAAUCCGGUGCAGGAAAGACUGUCAACACCAAACGUGUCAUCCAGUACUUUGCCACCAUUGCAGUGUCUGGUGGCAAGAAGGAAGCAGACCCCAGCAAAAUGCAGGGGUCUCUUGAGGAUCAGAUCAUUGCAGCUAACCCUCUGCUGGAGUCUUACGGUAAUGCCAAGACAGUGAGGAACGACAACUCGUCUCGCUUUGGUAAAUUCAUCAGGAUUCACUUCCAAGCUGGUAAACUGGCUAAAGCUGACAUUGAGACCUACCUGCUGGAGAAGUCCAGAGUGUCCUUCCAGCUGCCCGAUGAGAGAGGCUACCACAUCUUCUUCCAGAUGAUGACAGGCCACAAACCUGAGAUAGUUGAAAUGGCGCUUCUCACCACCAACCCCUACGACUUCCCCAUGUGCAGCCAGGGUCAGAUCGCUGUGGCCAGCAUUAAUGACAAUGACGAGCUGGAUGCCACAGACGAUGCCAUUACAAUCCUGGGCUUCACUAAUGAAGAGAAGAUUGGCAUCUACAAGCUGACAGGAGCUGUAGUGCACCAUGGAAACUUGAAAUUCAAGCAGAAGCAGCGUGAGGAGCAGGCCGAGCCAGACGGCACAGAGGUGGCUGAUAAAAUCGCCUACCUGCUGGGCCUGAACUCAGCUGAGAUGUUGAAGGCUCUGUGCUACCCCAGAGUGAAGGUCGGCAACGAGUAUGUGACCAAGGGACAGACUGUGGCUCAGGUAAGGCGGCCAAACACAGGAUCUACCAUUUUCUGAGCACAGGAAUCUUUGUGGA